AUGCCCGUUAAAAUUACUCCAUUAGAAAAUAAACCAUUGGGUGCUAAAGUCACUUUACCAGAGGGUUGUACUGACCCAAGUACCUUAAACGAAGAAGAUUUUCAAACACUAUACAAUGCUUUAUUAACACAUUUAGUUUUGGUAAUCCCAGGUAUGGAAAAUUUAACUCCAAAAUCACAAUGGAAAUUAACCACUAUGUUCGAUUCAAGUUGUGAUCAAACUGGUAAAUCCUAUGGACAUGGCAAAGAAUUUAGGCACGCUCAAUCUGUUUUAAGAAAAGACGGUACUGCUAUUCCAGAUCAGCCACAAGUUCAAGUAUUGGGCCAAGGGACUUUCCCUCCUGGUCAUUAUGGUCUUGAUGAAAUUACUUUAACUCACCCAACACAUUUUACCUUUCAUAAGGAUCCAUUGCCAGAGGAAAAAUGUUUCAAUAAAAAUACUGGCGCUAAAGACGCCUCCAAUGACGAUUUGGAAUUGACUAGAUAUUAUAGAUGGCAUAUUGAUUCAGCAUUGUACAAGUUGAGUCCACCAGUAUGUACUACUUUAUUGGGAAUUCAUGUUCCACCACAUAACAGAUUGCAAAAAAUUGUUUAUGAAGAUAAUGGUGAUGAAUUGAACUUGACUCAAGGUGCCACCUGUUUUGUUUCUGGUGCCAAUGCAUUUGAUUUGCUGUCUGAUGAAGAUAAAGAGUUAGCUUUGCAUUCUACUGUAGUUUACGCGCCUCAUCCAUAUAUCUUUAUUUCCCCUGCUGGUGCAACUGCAGAUGGGUUAACUAUGGUGAGCGAGGGUAAGGAAAUGGCACUUGAUAAAUUACCAGAAUGGGAAGAAAAAUAUGUUAAGAAAUUGCCGCUAGUUUGGACUAACCCUGUUACUAAGAAACAGCAUUUACAAGUACAUGGGUGUUGUAUUUACCAAUUAAUUUUACCAGAUGGUAGUGUUUUGGAGUUAGAAGAGGCCAGGAAAAAAGCUCAUAAAUUGAUGAGACCUGCUAUUGAUCCUCAACAUGUUUAUGCUCAUUCUUGGGACAAAGGUGACCUAUGUAUCUUUUUUAAUAGAGGUGUUUGGCAUAGUGUUACUGGCCAAUUCGAUGAAGGUGAAAAAAGAUUAAUGCACCAAUGCAAUAUUGCUAGCGGUAAUGAUCCUGUUACGAUUUUGAGCCCAGAAGAGUAA